AUGAAGAGCCCAGAACGGGCUCACUUCAACUCGGCCGACACAAUUAUAUCGCUCCUGACGUCGGAGAAGGAGUACGAGUCGAAGCAGAAGGAGCUGGAGAGCGUGGCUAACCCGGUGCUGCAGAAGGUGUACGCGUCUGCAGGCGGUGCUGGUGGUGCUAUGCUCGAUGGCAUGCCGGGUGAUAUGCCUGGUGCUGGUACCGGGGCCGAUUCUCGCUCGUCGGGUGCCGAGCAGGGUCCGAAGAUCGAGGAGGUGGACGAAGUUGUCACCAGUGAUUCUAUGUGGAAGAAGUGCAUGUCGCUAGAUAUGCCUAGAUUAGCUUAG